GUAAAGUUGUGCAAAAAGAGUGUGUUGUAAGACCGUGCUAGUCGAACGGAUUUUCUUUUCGCGAGCCAUCGAAUUUAUUACAUUCGCUGUACUGCGGAAGGCUCUCUAAACAGUGGCGUUCAUAAUAUGCGAGUGUGAUACUGGGUGCGGGUGUGCUGCUGCUCUGUUGUUUAUCCUCGGUAGCACCACCCAACAACCAUCGAAUGUACUAGCAGGAAUCUCUGCUGCAGGAAUACUGUCGAAGUGGAAAAAAAUGAUGAAACCGAAACCUUGGAUCGGCCAUGGGCAAAAGGGUAGUAACGGUACGGCAGGUAGGAGCGUCCGUCUGCUGUGAACGGGUUGUAUGAAAUGUGUUUGCGAAAAAAAUGUAAAAAAGAAGUGCUGGUACACCGUCGGGUGGUAGAACCAACGAGCAUCAGAGCAUGAAUCAGACGCGACCAACCCAAACCCCCGUCCCAGGAUUGGCCUAGACUUGCUUUGGAACAUUGGUGCAGGUUUGGUGGAGGAAAAAGUCAGAAAAAAAAACAAACAAAAACAAGCGGCUACAGCUACUGUUCGUCCUGCUCGGGGAGGAUAGUAAAAACAACCUUGUGACGUGAACCAUUGUCGCCGAUCAUCGGAGCUACGUCAAAGGAAGCAAACGAGAAAUCGGCGAAACGACCAGGCCAAGGUCCAAGCGGGCAAACUACCAGCGACCCAGACUAGUAGUAAGCAAAGCGAAAACAACGCAAUAAUCGGAAUUCCUGUUGGUAUUCCCAAGCGUCAGCAGUGCACUUUUUCUUCGUUCGAUCGUUGUUUAUGCAAAUACAAGAGUAGGAAAAUCAACACCGACGAAAGUAGCUGGUGCAGUUCGGAACAGUUGCGCUGACGAUUAAGUGCACGAGGUCACUAGAUCGAUCCGUGUGCGCGCAAGGCAAUUGUGGCAGUGAACAUUCCCAAAGUGGCACAACGUGAUAAAAGUGCAACGGUAGUGUUGUUUGGAAAUAAAGAAAAGCAAGCAAGUAUGAAACAUAAUCAGUGAGAUCGCGAGCGCUACCGCUAAUGAGCUAACGGCGGAAGAUUUGAGACGAUUGUUUGUCGCUAAACAGAAUGUUUAGCUGGUGAUGGGCUUCGCUCAACAGUUGCCCGCCGGGUGUGUAAUGUGAUCCGGGACAAAAGCACCGCACGGAAAACUUUUGCUGAGAAUGAACGGAAAGGGACACUCCUAAGGCACCCUGCCUUUUCAUUUAUCCAAGCGAACAGCAGAAUAAAAACAAAUCGAAGACCGGAAAGGGCACACCGAGAAGAGGCGAGCCGAAAACGAAAAACCUUCAAGAAUAACAACAUCCGAGCAGGCAACAUCUUCGUUGUUCUCGAGCGAACAAAAUGGGAAGCGUUUGGAAGCGGUUGCAGCGCGUUAACAAGCGUGCGGCCAAGUUUUCCUUCACCGUGUCCUACCAUGAGCUGUUCCUGGAGACAACUGCGAGAUGGCGCCCGCACAAACUGCACGUCGUUUGGACGCGUCGGUCUCGUCGCGUCCUCUCGAGUGCCCUCGAGUGGCAACCGGACCUUAUCAACCCGCUGAGCAGUACCAUGUCGUGGCCAAUGCCCGACAACCACACGAUCGCGGUAACACUGUUCAAGGACAUCCGGACGCACGAGCUGGAGGACAAGGACUGGACGUUCGUGCUCGAGGACGUAUCGCAGAUGGGAAAGAAGCGGGCACUCGCUUCCGCCACGAUCAACAUGCGCAAGUACGCCAGUAUCGAGUCGACGCAGCAAACGUUUACCCUUCGGUUGCGGCCAGUUUCGAAGAAAAUCCUUGCGGCGAACCUCGAACUCACGCUCAGCUGCGUGUUCUUGCGGGAGGGCAAAGCGACGGAUGAGGACAUGCAAAGCAUUAUCUCGCUGAUGUCGGUGAACAACGUGUCCGAUAUUGCGCCCCUCGACGACCUGGAAGACAUUCCCGAUCUGGAAAAUUCGAUCGACUUCACCGAGAACAUGUCCGACCUGACGAACCAGCUCGAGCAGCUGACGACGAGUCUGAACAGUUCGGAGCUGCUGACGCCGAUGAGUGGCGUACCGUCGUUGCUUUCAGACGACCAAACGCCGAUCGUCGGAGGGUCGCGCGAGAUGUUCCUAGACAUGCUGCACGAUCAGGGCUACGAAAGGAAAGAGCUAGAUGAAAACGAAAACAACGCCAAGGAAGCAUCACAACAGCAGGAGAAUCAGGAGAUUGCACACGCUAGUCAGAUGGACGGUGGUGGUAGUGGUAUACCGGUCACGGUGCGGUCGCUCGAGGGUCACGGAGAAGAGGAAGACGACCCGCUGGACAAGCAACUGGACGCUCUCGGGGCAAUCGCGGACGAAGAGGAGAAUGGUGAUUUUAAUGACGACGCAUCCGGGCGUUCAACACCGAUCAUAUCGGUACCACCGGACCGGAUGCCGACACCGGAACCACAGCCACCACCGGUCGUCGAGGAGAAAAAGCACACCGAAGUCACACCGGAACCCCAAAAAAUCCCGCCGAUCAUAACCCCGGACAGUAGUAAACAAGCAUUCAACAGUAGUCGAUCUGACCUGAAACCGCUGAACCUGGUCAAGAGUUAUGAUCACGAUCAGAAACACGGUGAACAACCGAAGGUAGACACGCCGGAAAAACCCACUGUACCAUCGGUGGCGGUGGACGCACCCGCAAGACAACCGGACACGGUGGACGUACCGAAAUCCACCACGAAGGCUACGCUACAACCGAUUACGAGACCCAUCGGCACUCUUAAGGAUAGUACACCCGGGCAGGAUCUGCUCGAGUGGUGCAAGGAGGUGACACGAAACUACAACGGCGUCAAGGUGACGAACUUGACCACCAGCUGGCGGAACGGGAUGGCGUUCUGUGCUGUUAUACAUCAUUUUUAUCCUAAUCUUAUUGACAUGAGCAAACUGUCCCCCGGGAACGUGAUCGAAAACUGUCGAACAGCGUUCGAUGCCGCGGAAAAGCUCGGCAUCCCGCGUGUUAUUGAGCCACGGGAUAUGAAUCUUCUUGCCGUACCGGACAAGCUGGCCGUAAUGACAUACCUUUAUCAGCUGCGAGCACACUUCACCGGUCAUCAGUUGGAGGUCCAAUCGAUCGGCGAAACAACGGACGACUCGAGUUAUGUGAUCGGUAACUACAAAUCGGACAAACUGUGCAAAAACCUGCUCAAUUUAUCCGACAUCAUUACGCCGAACAACGAUGAUCCGUUAGGGCCGAAGCUGGACACCAAAGCGGCCCUGCUUGCUAACUCCAAGCACCUGUUGGGUCGCGUGCUGUCCCCUACCAAAGAUAAGCUUCCGAACUUUCCCUUCAAUCUGCUGGACGGUCCUCUCGGUCCCGGUCAUAUCGCCGGUAACACCGCCGGGUCCCCAGCGGACUUUGGCAACACCGACAACAAAGCAUCAACCGGACUCAGUGAUAACAGCAAUAGUAGUGACGGUGGUGGUAGAAUAUCCAAUGGUAUAAGUGGUAACCAUAACAGUGUUAAUAAUAACUCGGCAAGGAAUGGCAGUGGCAAUGACGGUGAUGGAACGGCAGAGAAUGGAAAUGUGCCAACUACGGUGGACAGUGCCAUCGAGGGAUACCACAAUGGAGGCAACGUGAACAAUGCCUGCGAAGAGGAGGAUAACGGAACUGGGUCUACGGAUGCUCGAAACCGGAGCGAAACGAACGAUCCCUCGUACAGUGGCGAUGGUGGCGAUGAUGAAGAGAUUCAGACGCUUCCAUUCAAUCCGCUUGAUACGAGCAAAGCGAACAAAUUGAUUUUACGGCACAAAGAAAUGAGUGUACGGGCAAGGCUCAUGAUAGAACGGCUUAGAUCGUCGCACGUAGAUAGCAAAGGGGACAAGGAUGCAGCCGAACGACAGGCACGAUUGCGUGAGGAAGCGAGAAAGCUGAUUGCCGGCGCAAAGUUGAAACUUUCCGGGCUCGAUUCACCCUCGUCGCCGACGAAACUGUUCCCGUCCGGGGGACGCGCCGGAACAGGAGGACCACCGCUAUCGCCAGAUCGUGCCAUCUCGCCCAUCAACAAUGGGUCGGAGUUUAUCUUUCCUAUCGGCGGUGGUAUGCAUCCCUCUCACCAUCGGAAGGAUCUGUCUUCGCCGUCGUUGCAGCAACUCGGUGUUGGUACCGGGGGGACCGGGAAGCACACGGACGAUGCAAAUAGUAACAGCCACCAUCUACUGAAGCGUGGCACACCAUCGCCGAGCAAGUUAAUCGAGUUUAUCGGACCAAAGAGUGACGACGACGGUGGCCAGGUUGAACGUGUAAAUUACAUUCAAAGUGAGCUUAACAAAUUGGAACGUGAGCAGGAGGCGAUCGAUCUAAAGGCCAACGCGCUGGAAAAGAAGCUUCGCGCUGUGAUGGGUGGAACAAUGACGAACGUUUCCGAAACGGAAGAUCAACUAAUGUCCCAAUGGUUUACCUUAGUUAACAAGAAAAAUGCACUGUUACGACGACAAAUGCAGCUUAAUCUACUUGAACAAGAGAACGAUCUUGAGAAAAAGUAUGAAAUGUUAAACAUGGAGCUGCGGGCUGCCCUCUCCGUCGAGGACUGGCAGAAAACCGAGGAGCAGCGUGAGAAGGAAGCUUUGCUGCUGGCGGAACUGGUGGCGAUCGUGGACAAGCGGAACGAGCUUGUACAGAAUCUGCACAGCCAAGAACAGGCUAUUGAAGAUGACGAUGAGAUCGAGCGAAAGCUGGAAACCGUGGACAUUAAUCAGAAGGAUGAAAAAUGUGUCAUUCAGUAGAGAGAUUGCCUCAAUAACGUUCCACCCAGGAAACGACCGGAGCACAUUCUCUCAAUCGAAGCGCUAUGAGCGAACGUAGAAGCACAUACUUGACUCGCAAAGUCGUUAAACAUAUUUCACGUCACGGAAGGAAACGAAUCCAUCCCCUCCAGGAUACCCUUGUGAACAACCAGCAACUCGUACAAGUACAAUCAUCAUCGUUUAUUCGCCACGACGACACACGCCUGCGCUGCACCAGAGCCAUUUCCGUUCUAGGUUUUGAAUUCCGUUUUUUCGUGAUCAAUUCCGUCCGCAGACUACGUGUGCGUAGCGUGUUGUGUAUUGGUGUGUGUGUGUGUGUGUGUGGGUUUAAUAGUUGAGUGUACCGCUCUUCCUGGAAAGGAAGCAUAGACUGUUGUGUUGUGUAUUCACCAAGCUGAUCGGCCUGACCAGCGACCUUCAGGUUACAAGUAGCGCUGAUGCUUAUAAUGCAAUAGAGGCGAACACCAGAGAAUUAGCUAGAGUAUAUCCCAAGAGAACUUGGAAGGGAAUCCACGGCAGGAUGAUACAAAACUCGACGAAUGGAGGCUGAUUCAUGGAUGGUUGAAUUCAUUAUAUUGAUUGUGUAAGCGAUUCGUUUGUGUCGCAAACGGUUGUUGGUGGUUUGACUAUUUAGCAAACGUCACGUGGUUCUUUAUUGCCCUAAAAAACACCCUAAACGUAACUUCUGCAAUAAGAUUUUCUAAGAUUCCUAACUGGUCUCUCGAAUGGACGAUCGUGUAUAAAACGGUAUCGGUAUGAAACACGCCCGCUUAGCCCGGAACACCUAUUUAUUACCAUAGGGAACCUUUCGUAAAUGCUUUUAACUUAUCGUCCUUUUACAUCAUCAAUCCAUAGCAUGUACAUUUCUUUUAAAACGAACCCAAUUGCAUUAGGUUUAUUUUUAUAAACUUCACUUUCAUUUCUCGUUGAUCGUUAGAAACAGUGAAAGUGGAUAGAAAGGCAUCAGAUUGAAGAGAGAAAAAAAAAGAUAAAUAGUCAGAGAAAAGGACCGUGAUGGAAGGAGAUGAAAUAAGUGCUUGCGUAGUAAACAAAAAGUAAGAAAUAACAAAAUGAUGAUGCCUGAGCUGAGUAAAAACAACCAACAACCAUUCGAAGUGAUAUUAGAGCGAGGCAACCGAGUGAGGAUUUUAUAAGAAUUCUUAUUUAUACUCCUAAAAUCUUAUUCUAACAGAUAGUAGAUAUACGUAGUGAUAAUGUAGAGACAAAAAUAAGCUGGAGCUUGUUGUUGAAGCUGCCAACAAAGAUUCGCCCCGAAAUGGACGCCUUUUGCUGCGGUGAAUCACUUUCGAUAACUCGCGAUUCGAAAUGUGUCGAAAAAUGGAACUCAUUCAGCAAAAUAUCCUACUAUUAAUUUCGUAUAGGUGACGCUUUCAGUUCUUCCUCAUUGUGUUAAUGUACCAUAGCGCACAGGGGAUAUAAACUCGCAAUGCUAUCAAACAAUGUUUUGUCGUAUUUUGUAAACUUGCGCAAAAGAGUACGAGAAAUAAUGUGUAGGCUUUUGCUUUUUGAUAAUAAUCAGCACUAUCUAUUCAUGCUUCUUUAAACCCAUCUACUUAUCUCGACAGAGAACAAGUUUACUUCUUUUACUACCGCUAGUAAACUGCUACCUUCGAGUACCCUUCGGUGAGAG